GAAGAAAAAAGGGGGCAAACAAACAAACCCAGCACUAGAACAUCCCGUUCACAACGCAGCAGCCGCAGAACCACCACACCCCACGCCUCCACCCAGCCACCCGACCAGGCAGCGUGGGACAGGCACAGCCCCGCCUCGCCCACCCCCACCCCACUGCGCAUGCGUAUGGAACGGCGCAGGCGCAGAGCCGCUGCCCCACCCACCCCAAGAUGGCGGCGCCCAGUGUGGGAGGCGGUAGCUGAGGGCGCGCGUGUUGCGGCCGCACCUUCCCGCGCGCAGAAUGGACACGGUAGCACUAAGAAUGCAGUCGGUUUGUCAGAGAGUUGGUGCCUGUUCCUCAUGUUUGAACAAACAGAUGAAUGGCUUCUUGGCACUCGUUAAACGGCAGAGGAAUCUGGUUCCUGUUUGUAUCAGAACUAUUUACAGCGAGACGGGGAGAUGGGAGAAAAGCUAUGGGCAGGAGACAAGGAGAAGAGUGGAAAACUGGUGGUUCCCAAGAAUAAAGGAGCAGUUCUGCAGAAUUUCAGAAACAGAUAAAUCAAGACCAAAGUUUUAUGUGCUUUCUAUGUUCCCCUAUCCUUCUGGAAAGCUUCACAUGGGUCACGUUCGUGUCUACACCAUCAGUGAUACUGUUGCUCGGUAUCAGAAAAUGAGAGGGAUGCAGGUGCUAAAUCCAAUGGGAUGGGACGCAUUUGGUUUACCAGCAGAAAAUGCAGCAAUUGAGCAUGGUCUUCACCCUGCAAGCUGGACACAAAGUAAUAUUCAACACAUGAGGGAACAGUUUGAUGCACUAGGUCUGUCUUUCACUUGGGAAAGGGAAGUAACCACUUGUUUACCAGAAUACUACAAAUGGACACAAUACCUCUUUCUUAAGCUUUUUGAAUCUGGGAUAGUGUAUCAAAAAGAGGCCUUGGUGAAUUGGGAUCCAGUAGAUCAAACCGUUCUAGCUAACGAACAGGUGGAUGACAAUGGCUGUUCGUGGCGCUCGGGAGCAAAAGUGGAACAGAAGUACCUCAAACAAUGGUUCAUUAAAACUACUGCGUAUGCAAAGGCUAUGUUUGAUGCUUUGUCUGACCUCCCUGAGUGGUAUGGUAUAAAAGAAAUGCAAGCAAAUUGGAUAGGUGACUGUGUUGGAUGCUCUAUUGACUUCUUGCUGAAGGUUAAUGGUGAAGUAUCAGGAGAGAAGCUGGCUGCUUACACCUACACUCCUGAAGCCAUUUAUGGAGCUUCCCAUUUAUAUAUCUUACCAAGUCAUAGACUGCUGCAUGGAAACAGCAGUCUGAAGGAAGUCUUUCAGAGGGAGUUCAUCCCAGGGAAAGACUCACUCACUUCUGUGACAGCUGUGAACUUGCUUACCAAUCAAGAAAUUCCUGUAGUAAUCUCAGCAAAAACAAGUUUUGAGAAUUAUCUUGAUACUAAAAUAGGGAUUCCUAGUACUAGUGCAGAAGAUGCUGCAGUAGCAAAGAAUCUGAGCAUUUCUUUCACUGAGGUCAUUGAAAAACUGCCAAAUGGUUUGGAGAAAGUCAUUAAUUCUGGGCAGUUCACAGGCAUGACUCGAGAAGAUGCUUUAAAAGCUCUUACCCAGCAGGCCAAAAAUAAAGGAAUAGGUGGAGACCUAAUGAGUGACAAAUUAAGGGACUGGUUAAUAUCUCGACAGCGGUACUGGGGAACACCUAUUCCUGUCAUCCACUGCCAAAAAUGUGGCACUGUUCCAGUGCCUUAUGAAGACUUACCUGUGGUGCUGCCCAAUGUAACCACUUUUACAGGGAAGGGAGCGUCACCUUUAGAAACUGUUCCAGAAUGGGUGAACUGUGCUUGUCCAAGAUGUAAGGCAGAAGCUAGGAGAGAAACUGAUACCAUGGAUACAUUUGUGGAUUCUGCUUGGUAUUACCUGAGAUACACAGAUCCUCACAACACUGACAGGCCCUUUAAUCGUGACUUGGCUGACUACUGGAUGCCUGUGGAUUUGUACAUUGGAGGCAAGGAGCACGCAGUUAUGCACUUAUUCUAUGCUAGGUUUUUCAGCCAUUUUUGCCAUGAUCUAAAGAUGACUAAACACAAGGAGCCUUUCCAUAAGCUUUUGGUUCAAGGUCUUAUCAAGAAUCAGACGUUCAGACUAAAAACAACAGGCCAAUAUUUGAAGAGAGAGGAGGUUGAUCUCACUGGCACUGAACCAGUUCACUUAAAAACUGGUGAGAAAGUCCAAGUCACAUGGGAAAAAAUGAGCAAAUCUAAGCACAAUGGAAUAGAUCCUGAAGAAUUAAUGAAAGAAUAUGGCAUCGACACCAUACGACUUUACAUUCUGUUUGCUGCUCCUCCAGAACAAGAUAUUUUAUGGGAUACUAAAACUGAUGCUAUGCCAGGUGUUCAGAGAUGGCAGACUCGCCUCUGGACCCUUGUAACCAAACUUAUUGAGGCAAGGACUUCGGAAACCAUACCAAAUCCUGAGGUUCUGAAUAAGAAAGAGAAGGCUGAAGCCAAGAGGAUCUGGGAGCAAAAGAAUCUUGUAAUUUCUGAGGUAACAGAGUACUUCACAAAGGAUCAUUUGUUCAAUGCAGCUAUUUCUCGACUGAUGAGCCUUUCUAACGUACUCCAUCAAGCUUCUUGGCCUCUUGUUCUUCACAGUGCAGAAUAUGAAGAUGCUUUGGCUACGCUCUGCAUUAUGGUUGCACCUAUGGCUCCACACAUUGCAUCGGAGAUGUGGAAAGGUUUGGCGCAUAUAGAGAAUAAACUUUGUACUCAUCAUAACUGGGGUGCUGAUGUGCUGCAUCAGUCCUGGCCCAAAGUAGACCCAGAAUACCUUCAACCACCAGAUGUAGUGGAGAUGUCUGUUCUGAUCAAUAACAAAGCCUGCGGCAAAGUUUUUGUGCCUCAGCAAGCAGCCCGCAAUGCUGAAGAAGUCCACGCGAUAGUUCUUCAAAGUGAACUUGGAGCCAAGCAUCUCCAGGGACGAACCAUUAAAAAGGCCUUUCUGUCUCCAAGAACUGCCCUUAUCAACUUCUUAGUGCAAGAGUAAGACUUUGCUGGGCUAUGAAAGAGAACUGGAAUCUUUCAGGAUGAAAGCAACUCAAAGUGCCAAUGAUGGCUAUUUAAAUCUCAUAUAACAGUGGGGGAAAAAUGUUAACAAAAUUAGGUUGCUGCUGAAUAUUCGUUUCAACAGGAGGAAUGUACAGAAUUAAAGUUUCGUAUCAAGUCAUGGUAAGGUGCUGUUUGUCCAUAUUCUCUGGGUGAAUGAGAAGGAGAUAAUAAGUAAGUAAUUGUAAUAGAAUGUAAGUGUUAUAAAGCACAUGGGGUUUAGGUCAACUAAAUAGGAAUCUAUCCUAUUUGAAAUUUGGCUUGGACAAAUGCAGAGGCAUGAUUCCAGAACUAAACAGCUGCCCUGAGUGUGUGCUACACCAAAUGCUAGGUGUCAGUCCAUCUUUGCUCUGCCUGUCUCACAUUUAGAUAACCUACCAUUAAUCAGCACUUUUCGUAACAACAUUUUCUUGUAGCUUAGUGUAAAUUAGCACUGGCUAACAGCUUUAUUCAUAAUAAAUAGCCAGAAUGGAGUGAUUUGAUCUAUUUCACAUGCAUUUCAGAGGCAAGCCAAGAAAACAGUCAGAUGAUUUAGCUGAGCCCUGCCUUAGCCAGGAUCCUCCUUACUUGCUGGCAUAUUUUUGUUGGUUCAAACAUGAGAGAGUCAAAUUUCGCAAAGUGCCGACAAUUGUUUCUGCACAGACCAAAUGAAGUGACUUCCCAUUCAUGAGCCAUCCCAGAGACUUUGGGGGGAGUUGAGAAAGGGACAAGGCAACUACGUACAGGCAGCUGCUGUGCUUUUGGAUUCCACCCUUAGUUCUUCUAGUGCCUAGAUCGUAAAACUUCAAAUAACAUUUGUUGGUUUGGUUUUUUGUUCAUUUGCUUUAUUUCUGAGGGGUUCUUUAAGUAGAACUAGCAGACACAUUUCAAAAAAUCAGAUGUCUGUAAAACACAAAGCUUUUUUCAUGCCUCAUUCCAGCCAUAUUAUUUGCGCACUGCAUUACUGUUACAUCCAUGUGGAAAUGCUUACUGUAUUUAGCAAGUGCUUGAAAAAGGUUUUCAAAAGAGACAUUACAGGGUUCUCUGUGUGAGCACGCCUCUUCUUUAACAACUAUUAAGAUCAGCCCUUUAUGAGCCCUUCUAACAGUUAAGACAAGGAGCUAGUCAAAUAGAGAGGUCUGUUAACCCUCCAGUCCAACAGCCAUCCCGUGCGUCAGACUAAACGAAAACCAACAAAGAUCUCCCACUGAACAAUAUUUAAGUCUAAUGGAUCCUGAGCAAGUAAGAUCAAGAUAGGUUCUUUGAAGUGUCAGCGCUAAGGAAUGCCAGAAAUUAAUUUGGUUUUGUGCAUUUUGGUAGCAAAGAUCUAGCUACAUAAUGGAGAUUUCAGGCUCAGUGAGCAGAGUAGGCGCUAUACUUUCCUAAAUGUGCAACAAAACUUUUCUGACUUCUGCUUCCUUCUGGACCACACUGCUGCACAUUUUCUCUUCAGCAGCCCUUUGACGCAAGAAUGACUAAGAAAUAGAAUAUUUAUAAUGAAGAUACAGUCUUUGCAGUUUUAAGACUCCCUAAAUCUUAGCCACAAAGGAAUGCAUUCAGACAUUUAAACACAGGCCUUUAGUUGGAGUUAAAAUAAUUUGAAUUCCAAUGUCUGCCUGACAUAUAUGUUGUUAUAAAUUGAUAAAACUCCUGUUCAGAAGUCCCUGAAAGACUGUGAAAGGGAUCUUUUAAAGAAAAAUUUGUAGCCCAAGCACAUUCCUGCCUUUUCCAUAUAAAAGUUUAACGCUCCCUAUGGAACCAUUCAAACACAUUUUCUUUGGGGAAAGGUGACAUGUUUGGUGUAAGAAAAACCCCACCUUGUAAUAUUUUCAAGGAUGAAGAAAGAUGUUGUAAGCCCAGCAGCCCUAUGAUGCCUUUAAACAAAAGCUGCAGUCACUACAGGGCUGAGCAGCAGACCACAGUGUUUACUGCUGUUAGUACUGGUUAUAUUUGCUCUUGCAGGAGGAAGAAGUGAAUCGUAGAUUUCACUUUGAUCCAGGCAGAAAGAAAAAUGUGGAAUGGACUCUCGACACUAAGGAAGGAAAAGUAACAAACAGCGUUGGCACUAGAAGUGUAUGGUCAGAAGUCACACCAGUGUGUUUACAGUAAGGUGAAAUUCAGUGAGGCCCAGAGGAUACAACAAGGUUUUGAAAAAGGGAAUGUGAGAGAUGAUGUGGAAAGUCUGACAGAGCCUAAUCCCCCAGUGAGUGUGUGUUUGAAGGAUGGCAGAGGUGCCAGCUGCAGAGCUUUGUGGUUGUCCUGACACCUGCUGAAAUUUUUCAUGAUGUUGACCUGAUCUGAAGCACUGCCAUUUGUCUUAACGAUAAUUGGGACUUACAAGUUUGUUCUGUGCCUAGAUUGGACUGAUUCAGGCUGUGGGCUAUUGUUAACCCUCUUCAGAAUAAUUUACACAGAUGCCUGCCAUUUA